CAAAGGUGAAUCGUGGUUGAGACCUUUUCGUCUAUGCGCAUCACUCCACGUAAGCAAUACAAUAGGACAGGCAUCAGUUCAACAUCUCGUGAGAAGAAUUUCACUUCUUCGACAUCGCGCAAAAUGCCGGCUCAUGGAAAUUAUACAACGGAAAAGGUCCGCUAUCCAUCCCACGGCGAAACCAUCAGUGCAAUUCUCUUCCGGCCUGUCAAUGUGGCUAAACCGCCAGGCGUCGUCCUAAUUGGGCCGUAUUCGUUCAUUAAAGAGCAAGCACCGACGCAGUAUGGUACACGUCUGGCCGACGAGGGCUACGCGGCGCUGAUCUUUGACCCGCGUACUGUGGGCGAGAGCACGGGAACGCCUCGUCGACUCGAGAACCCGAAAAUGAAAAACGAGGAUGCCGUCGCGGGGCUGGACUAUCUACUCUCGCGCGGCGACAUUGACGCGUCCAGGCUCUUCCUCGUCGGUAUCUGUCAGGGUGGACCCGAGAGUCUUGAUAUUGCCUCGUAUGACGACCGAGUCAAGGCAGCGGCAUCCGUCUCAGGCUACUUCCGUGACCACGAGACGGAUCUCUACAUGAUCAGCGUCGGGUGCGUGUCGUGGGAACCGGGCGUCGACAUUAGCUCGCUCAAGAUGCCCACGUCGGAGCAAGGGGAAGCGCUUUUGCGGGCGCGUCUCGAACGAGCCCGUAAAGCUCGCGAGCUGUACGACACUACCGGAGAAGUCGUGUAUCAACCUCUAGUCGACCCAAAGGCCGCCGACCCAGACACUGGGGCUUUAGCGGGUCUCCCGGGUCCCACGGUAUGGGCGUGGUACGGACCGUGGACCUUGAAGGGAUUCGAGAACCAUUAUGCCAUAAUGAGUGACCUCGAUCAUUUCUCCUACACCACCGUCCCGGGCGUAGCGAAGCUCGAAAAGCCGGCCUUGAUCAUCCAUGGAGACAAUUGUAUGAAUGCGCCCGCAGCCAAGAGACAUUUCGAAUCGAUUCCAACCGCAAAUAAGAAGCUUAUCUGGAACAACGAUAUCUCCCACUUUCAGCAUUACGACCAGCCUGAUGUGGUCGACCAGAACGUGGGCGAAAUUGCGAAUUUUUUUGCGAGUGUUUAGAACGGUGCUAUGUCGGAGAGUCCAUAGUGCGC